AUGGAUUCUGAACGCCCCCAUCUAUCAAUCACGCUCCCCAGGAACUUCAUGUUUCACUAUCGCGACGGAGCAGCGCCGCAGACGCCAGAGCCUGAGCCACAGGUUGCUGAGCUCCAGCCGCCACCUCCUCCUCGACAGACCCUCAAGGUCCGUCGCCGCCGCGCAACUCUCGUGCGCCAGCAAAUCGAACUUGACUUCGCCAUGGAAGAGAAGCCUAUUCCCACUAUCGAGGCCACCAACUGCUUCGAGGCGUCAAACGCACUCCCGUCACCCCCUUCUGGCUUGGACAAUGCUUACCUGUCUCCACCAACAAGCUUUAGCCGUCUUGUAUCACCGCCAAAGACACCAGCUCACCAGGUCCGGACUAUCGAUAUCUUUGCUGGUCCCCAGCACUGGGACGAUCUCGAGUCGACACGCAGUGAAACCUCCAGCAGACCCACCUCGUCAUCUGGCUUCUCUGACUCGUCCAUUUCGUCUCGUGGCAGUAUGGAGUCGCUCGUCUCGCGCGGCGGUAGCUGCACAAGUCCAGAAGAGGAGAUGUGUGAUCCUUUCUCGUUCGAUGCCCUGGAAAUGAAGUACAAACAGCCAAGCUCUCCAUUGGCCGCACAACAGCAUUUACGCACAUCCAACAAGCUCAAGCUGAAAGCGACCUUCACCGAGGAGAUGGAUUACCACCUUUGGAGGACAUACAUGACCUACCUUCAGGAUCCCACGGUGACACCUUUCAAGGCCGUCCCACUUACGACACCACCAAAUGGGGUGUGUCACCGAGUCGCUAGGAUGGCUCGAAAGACUUGGAAGGGGCCGGUCCCGUCUCGUAUCGCUGAAGUUCGCGCAGCUUCUCAGUUUGUGUCUCGCAAUGGAACCCCAGAGACCAUCAAGGCUCUCAAGAGUGGGAAUGGCACUCCGAUUGCCAGACCCAGCGGGUCUUACCUGCGGUACCCAACAGAAAAGCAAUGUCGAAAGCGAUUGCGGGACUUGACAAAGCAAAGGCCAAACUUGUCUGCCUACUAUCAGCGUCUGCUCCACCGAUCACCCUCACCUCUACAAUCAUCCCCACCGUCCGAGAAGGCAGAACAGCCAGCCCAGCCACAGCCGCAGCCGCAGCCACAACUACUACCAUCACCUUUCACACAGGAUAAGUCGUUGUUUACCUUCUCCACACGGGACAUGAACGUGUCGCUUGCCACAAGCACAGCUGCCUCGAUGCAGAUGGGAAACCCUCUGUCCCAGCUGACAGCUGAUCUGACUCCUCGACCAGAGCAGAAGAGCUGGUCGAGAGCGCGAUCAUCAGCACAUCAGAAGUCGCAAUCGCUCCAUGUCGGCUUGGGGUUGGGAUUGAGCAACGUGCUUGGCUCACCUUUUCAGUCCUCGACAGUAGAGAUGACCGAUGCUGCUCCUUGCGCAAACAACGCGCAAACAUGGCAUGCACAGAUAGGUCUCCCAACACCGAGACUGGGCUCACCCUUCCAACUACAUGCUCCACGACCCAAGUCGCGAGUCUUUAAACGACGAGCUCUGGCCAACAGUUUCGAGGACAAGACACGGAACCGUGGCAAUAGCUUUGUAGAUGACAUCUUCGGUGCUCCUGCCGAAUCAAGCCACCGUCGUGUAAGGAGUCGUGGUUUCAGCCUGGGUGACAUGAUGGAUGGUGCAGGUGCCCGACGUCUGCCACUGUCAUCAAGUGGGCCAACCGAGUUCAACUCAUUCGCCAACAUCAGGCCUCAGCUGCCCAGCCCAGUCCACACUUCCCCUGCCAUCAUGACCGCUGAGGCGCUUGGCCAGGGGACGAUCCGUCUUGGUACACCUUUUGGCGGACGACCAAGCAACACUUUCCCUCGAGCAUCGACCUCUUACGGCUUCGAGCCUCCGGCAUCAUUUGAACAGCGAUUCGCUGCGGCUACCAGCAAUUCUGAGCGUUAG